GCGGACGCGGCGCAUGGCGGACGCGGCGUUGUUCGAGUUUCUGCACACCGAGAUGGUGGCGGAGCUGUGGGCCCCGGACCCAGACGCUGGCUCGGGGGGAAAGAAGAAGAGCUUGUCAGUCCUGGAGGGUGUGGGCUUCCGCGUGGGCCAGGCUCUGGGUGAGAGGCUGCCCCGGGAGACGCUGGCUGUCAGAGAGGAGCUGGACGCCCUCAAGUUCCUGUGCAAAGACCUGUGGGCAGCCAUGUUCCAGAAGCACAUGGAUGGACUCCGCACCAACCACCAGGGGACCUAUGUGCUGCAGGACAACAGCUUCCCCCUCCUCCUCACCAUGGGCUCCGGGUCUCAGUAUCUAGAGGAAGCUCCCAAGUUCCUGGCCUUCACCUGCGGCCUUCUGUGUGGCGCCCUCCAUACGCUGGGCUUCCAGAGCCUGGUCACCGCCUCUGUGACUGCCCUGCCUGCCUGUAAGUUCCAGGUGGUGAUCCAGAAGUCCUGAGGACCGCACGCAGGUUUGCCCUGCCUGACCUCAGCCUCAGGAGCUGGCACCUUGGCCCUGUGUGAGUGGUCACCUCUGCGGGUGGCCUUGAAGCUGGAGGUUGUAGGCUCUGAGGUGGUCACCUGCUUCAGACGAGGGAAUGAAAGCAGCCAGAGGGUCCCGGGAAGCAGGACAGUCCCAUGACUUCAGAAUGGGCAUGGAGGGACAUUGGGGCAUCACCCAGAUAACAAAUGCUCAAUAAAGGUUCUUUACCUGGA